CGGGCAUGCACAAAUGAUUUUCGUUCAGAAAACAAGGAAAAGCCCAUCUGAACGGAGUACGACGUACUGAGUUGAGAGGGAAUGCUGUUUUUAUUCUCACUAGGAGACUCCUCGCGGCAACUGUAAUUGAAUCGAUUCUCGACGCUCGAGCACAUUUUUUAAAUGCGUCUGUCAAGAUCAAGAACCUGUGACAGCCGUUAAAAAAACAAAAAAAAAAACAAAACAAAACAAAAAAAAAAAAAACAGUAGGUAUAGUAACAACGUGGUAAAUGUCGUCGAACUGCACAAUGACCGAUUCAACUUCUAUUGUUGAAUCCCCAGAAGGGGCAAAUGAGAAACUGACAACCGCAACCAUAAACCAGGAGGAAAGAGGGGAUGUCGCGACCAGAGCUGAACAGCAGCCCCGACAACCAGCGGCAUUCGGCGCUAAGACUAUGUCCCCUUCUUCAGCAUCAGCUGCGGCCGGUCACCGGGUAGUGUCAGCCUCUCCUCCACCUCUCCGGGAGGCCUCGACACCAAGCAGAGCAGACACCGGGGUCAGGCGACGCCUCCUCACUCCCAACCGUAACAGAGAUGAGACAGUUACUGUCGAGGAGGCCCGCGAUCUGCCGACAAUUUAUAUCUCACCUUACAAAUACACCCAGAAGGAGAAGGUCACCCUGUACUGCGACCAGAUAUUUGGAAUUUGCAAGGCUGAAGCUGCUGAUGAAGCUAUGAGCAAAUACCUUACAGACCAAUUAACAACUAAAAGGUCUUGGACUGGAGUCUGGAGAACCAAUCCUGAACUCUUCCUUGUAAACUACGAAGAAGGACUAAUACCAUAUGUGGGAAUUCUUGUUGAGGUAUUGUGCAAACCAUGUCAGAGCAAGAUCCCCCCUCUGCGAGUCAUGGUGUCAGUAGUGGAGCCGUUUUCCUCUAAUAUUGCCAAUCUGCCAAGAGAGCUUGUUGAAGAAGUUUUGAAUGGAGAGGAUCACUGUGUGCCACUGUUGGAAGUCUAUCCCAUUGAGGAACAAGAUAUUACAGUGAACAAUAUUGCUCAAGCUUUGGAGAAUGGAAGGUUUUUCUAUGACUUUCUCUGGAGAGACUGGGAUGAUGAAGAAGAAUGUGAAGACUAUGCUGGCCUAAUUGAGAAACGCAUCCAGCUGUACUAUGACAUUCAGGAUGGAAGUAUACCAGGUCCUAUUGGAGAGCGCUUCAAGAAGACACUAGAGAAAUACAGGAAUAAACGGUUGGAGCUGAUUGAAUACCAAAAUAGCAUAAGAGAUGAUCCUUUACCAGUAGAAGCUGUGGAAUGCUGGAAGAAAUACUAUGAAAUCCUGAUGCUUUGUGGUUUGUUGAAAUUCUGGGAGGAUAUGCGUCUCAGAGCUAUUGGACCAUUCUUUCCAAGAAUAUUAAAACGCAGAAAAGGGCAAAGGGCUUCUGGAAAAAUAGUAACUCACAUAGUUGCACAGAUGAUGACUACUGACAUGAUAAAUAACUUCUCUGCUGAAACACUGAUUCAGCAGCAUGACAGCCUGGACGCAGCUCUGGACUCCUGCUACUCUGGAGAUACUGUGGUGAUUUUCCCAGGGGAAUACCAGGGUACUAGCCUUGGUCUUUUGGCAGAUGACAUCAUCAUAAAAGGAGCUGGAAAUCGAGAUGAUCUUAUUAUUUUCUCUGAUCCAGCACAUGAUAAUUUUGUUGCUUCCAAAGCCACAAAAGUUACUUUGAUGAACCUAACUUUGGUGCAGAAUGGAACCUGCGAUGGUAUUGUGGUAAUAGAGUCUGGACAAAUGAUUCUUGAGAACUGCGUUUUUAAGUGUGAAGGCACUGGUGUUUGUGUUCUGACAGGGGCUUCCCUGAUCAUGAAGAACUGUGAGGUUGUUGGUGCACAGGGGGCUGGAGUUGAACUGUUUCCUGGAAGUGCUGCAACAUUGGAAGGGAAUGAAAUUCACCACUGCAGCAAUGUGAAGACGAAAGACAUGAAAACCUUAUUAGGAGGAAUCAAUUUGAAAGUUCUUCCACCACCACUACUGAAGAUGGACAAUAAUCAUAUUCAUGACAACCAAGGAUAUGGAAUCACUAUUCUUCUGCCUGAUAAACUAUGUUAUGUACGUGGGGAUGAUGUGGAGUGUACUGCCGGUGGGGACAAAAGAGAAUGGGAUCUCCUGCCAAAGGCAAUGCAAAACCUCAGUCUUGAAAUGAAUACUAAUAAAUUGGAAGCCAAUACAAUGGGAGACAUUGGGCUGAUACCCAAUAGCUAAAUUACAGUUGGCUAGCUGUUUAUCUGAUAUAAAAAGUUGAGUAUGAUGUUUGGUAUAACACAUUGAAACAUUUAAAAAUACCUGUAAAGAUCUGUCUAUAAAAAAAGGUUUUGUAGCCAAAAGGCUAUAUAUGAAUAACUUUUAAGUGCUUUGCUAUUUGAUUCAAGAUUUUUGAUACAGGUUUUGUUGCAGUAAGUUAUGUUACAUAACUGUUUGGCCACAAUUACACACUACGAACAAAUAACUCUAAAAUGCAGAAUACUUUUAAAAGCAAUGCUAGAAAGAAAGCUAAAGGAAAGUUCUACAGAGAAAUAAAAACAAUGUCAUUCUUCGGUUAUGGUUAACUAGGUUGUUAAAUGUCAUCUUCGAAGAUUCACCUACCACAUUUUCACACAGAAAUACCGAUUGGUAUACAUUAUAGUAAAUGUAAAGAUGAAUAUGCAUGUGUUUAUAAAUGUAUAUUUUGGACACAAUACUACUGUCCAUUGUUUUUAUGAUGUUUGUUAUCAUACCAUAGAGACCUUGU